AUGGCGGACGCGGCAUCGGCUCCGCUGGACAUCAAGGCGUCCGCGGCCGCGUCCCUGCUACGGGACGGCGUGCCCGGGGAGGACGUCGGCGCCGCCGCGGGCCUCGCCAACCCCAACGGCGAAGCUUGGGACCCCGUCUCGUUGGCCCGUCUGGCGGAUGCGGUGGUGCGCAAACUGCGGGCGGCGGCGGCGGCGGACGCGCGGGACGCGGGCCCGAGCGCCGACGACGCCUGGAACGAGGACGGCGGAGAGGACGAGAGCGGCGACGACGGGGGUUGGUGGGACCCCGAGUCGCUCGCGGCGCUCCUUUGCGCGCUCGCGGGAUCGCACCGCGGUUCCCGCGCGCGUCUCGGCGGCGACAUCAUCGAACCGAAGGAUCAGGCGACGCUCGCGCACAGUCUCGUUCGCACGCACGAGUGGGAACACGCGAACGUCGGGGACCUACUCUGGUGCAUCCACGCGUGCACCAGCGGCGAUAGCUCCCCGCUCACCUCCAUGGACCGCGUGGAGGAGGCCGCGGAGGUGGUGCUGGAGCUCGCGCGACCGCGGAGGCCCGGUCCGGGAUGCGGCCUCGGAUGGUCCGUCGACGAGGCGUCCUCUCUCCUCCCCGCCGUGCUCCCCGCGCCGCACUGGUGUGACGACGGACUGGUGGGCAUGAGCGCGGUGAAGGGAAGCGCGCUCCUCGCCGCGGCGCUCGCCGCGGGCGGACGCGCGGGCGUGGAGACAGAGGACGGCGGCGGUGCCAUGGGGCGGUUCGCCGAAGACCAGAGGUGGGCGCAUCCUCAUCGGACGUUUCCCAGCGUCGACGAUGACCACGCCGCGGAGUCGGGGACGGGCGCGUGGUCCGUCGGAGCCAUCGCGGGCGCGUUGCGACACGUUCUGGACGAGGACGGAGGGGAUGCCUGGCUUGAGGACGAGGAGGGAACCGGCGCGGGCGCCUUUGAGGACGAGGAGGACGGGGGCGGCGAAGGAGGGCUCCUCACGGGCCUCGCGACGGACGCGCGUGGACGUUCCCUCGCCCCGAGGCUGGGCCCCGAGGCGCUCGCCGGCUCCGGUCGCCGCGGCAAACCCCGGGGAGGCGGCUGGGACGCGAGAAACGUCGCGCUCCUCGCCGCCGAACUCCACGGGAACUUCGCGUGGGACGUGGAGCCCGCCGCGCGGCUCGCCGCCGAGGUUCUCGGCUGGGAGGGCGCCGACCCCGACUCCGCGGCUGCCGCGGCGGCGACGCUCCGGUCGCCGCACGUGGGAUGGAGCGCGCCAAAGACGGCAGAGACUCUCACGGCGAUGCGCGUCGCGUCCGCCGCGGGGCCGGCGACGAACGAGUGGCCGGACGCGGACGAGGUGCGGUGGGACGCGCACGGUUUGGUGGCGCCGAUGUGCGAGGCGCUCGUGGGCGAACACGGAUGGCGAGUGUCGGACGUUUUGGAAAUUUUGGACGAGCUCGCGGUUUGGGACGUGCAGGAUGCGUGCGGGCUGGUGACUGGCCUGAGCGAUUGGGACGACGUAACGCUCGCGUCGUUGCUCGACGGUCUCAUCACGUGGAGAGGGAGGGACCGGGAGGAGGUGGCGACGGUGGCGGCGACGCUGAGGGCCGCGAGGGGGUGGACGGGUGGCGGCGCGCUGGGGAAAGCGUUGGGAGUCGCGGCGGGCGCCGUGGCUGAAGGGUCGAGCGAGUGGGGUUUGGGAGGAGGGGCGACGCCGGAGUGGCCCCCGGCGCCUCCCGACGGGCACGAGACGGUCGAGGAGGACGACGGAUACGCCGCGGGGGCGGACUGA